AGUGCAGUGUUUCUGUUUUUUUGUUUAGCAUGUGCGUUUUUAUUAGGCGAUUUCAACUGCACACCACUGGCCCUUGACGACAAGCCUCGCCGACCGCACCAUGGUCAACCUCUGCUGUCUCUGCUGCGGUGAAAUCCCUCAUCCCCGCCCCCCUCCGCCAGGCCAGUCGGGAGGACCGCGGCGGUAUCCCCGCGCCGUGCAGCAGCAGCAGCGGCAGCAGCGGCCCGCUGGCUCCGGCCCAGACGCUCGGGGGCUGAAGGGGGCACAAGGAGGGGGAGCGAACGGAGGGAUACCUAGCACGGAGCAUGUGGAUAAAAAGGAGUGAGCUCGCAACCUCUCUCUGACAUGCGAAAAGUGCAGCAUGCUCUCCUCCGGCCCGGACUCUGCGGAGGACACGACGGCGAGCGCUGCCGAUGCUGCUGAGGGAGAGGAGCGGGAGCGGGAGCGGGAGGGGCAGGACUCACCCGCUGAGAGUGGUGUCCUGGAGGAGCAGCGUCCAGUGAAGCAGUCCCUGGGUGCUUGUGUCUGCCGGGAGUCCCAUUGGCGCUGCCUGCUGCUCUCUCUGCUCAUGUACAGCUGCGUGGGCGCGGUGGCCUGGUGUCAGCUCACCCGGGUCACGAAGAUCAGCUUCAACUCCGCCCUCACCUCUUCUCUCGCGGCCUCCUUCACCUCCUCCCUGCGGGGGGCGUCGGGGAUGGGCGUUGGAGGGCACUCAAUGAUCUACCACGACAGCCCCUGCUCUGACGGCUACAUCUACAUCCCUCUGGCCUUCCUGCUCAUGCUCUACGUGUUGUACAUGGCGGAGUGCUGGCACUGCAGAGCCAGGAGCGAGCUGCAGUGCAAAGCAGACGUGGAAAGUGUGUAUGAGCGUGUGCUGCGGAUGCGGCAGGCCCAGCCCUGCAUAUGGUGGAAGGCUAUCAGCUACCAUUUCGUCCGACGGACUCGGCAGGUCACUCGAUACCGUAACGGGGACGCCUACACCACCACACAGGUGUACCAUGAGAGAGUGAACACGCACGUGGCAGAGGGAGAGUUCGACUACAGCCAUUGUGGGAUGAAAGAUGUAUCCCGUGACCUCAGAGGCUUGGAGGGACAUCCAGCGACUCGCCUGUGCUUCACCAAGUGUUUCAGCUUCACCGAGGCAGGUCCAGAAAAUGACUACAUCAACCAGAGAGCCAGGUUCUUCUCUGAAAUCGAGGGUUUGGACGAUUACAUGGAGGCCAGGGAGGGGAUGCAGCUGAAGAAUGUGGACUUCAGAGAAAACCUGAUAGCCUUAGUAGACCCAGAUAGGAUGCCUUGGUACACUUCCCAGGUUGCCUUUUGGCUGGCAGCUCUCUUCAUGCUGUCCUGGCCUCUGAGAGUGCUCACUGAGUACCGCACUGCUUACGUGCACUACCGCAUAGAGAAACUGUUUGGGUUAGAGUACAGCCACAGCAGCCCGUCUCCUCUGGAUGAAGACAGGCCUGUGGGGAAUAACACUGGUUGUGUGCUUCCAAGAGUAGACACACUGGACAGCACUGAAAUGGAGUGGCACAUACGCUGCAACCGCCAGGUGAUCCCCAGCUACUCGGAGGCCAUGCUAAUAAACACGAGCACAGCGGACUCUAACUCACUACAUGACACCGAAUGCACCUCAUCCUCCAACUGCUUCCUGUUGGACAGCGGCCAGACUGCUCAGAGUUACGGCGCUCUCCAAAGCCAGGACGACUGCGAGCUGUGCAGCGAGCUGCCCGGACGAGGAGACGGGGGAAGCAGGAGAAGGACCAUCACCAGCUCCAGCUGCUCCUCCAUCUUCUCCUGCCAGGGGGCGCUGUUCCAGUCCCACCUCUCCUCGGACACGUCUCGCUUCUCCCUCUGCCGCAUGUACGGCUCCCAUCGCACCGUGGCUCUGUGGAGGAGCCGCAGCAGCAACCUGACGGACCCCUGCUGCGUGGACGAGCAGUGCUGCAGGUCCGACUCCAGCCAGCUGGCCCUCAGUAACAGUCCGCCCACUUAUAGGGACGCUCGGUUCUUCCCGGUUCUCAUCGUCCAUCGGCCUGAGGGCUGUGGCAGCGAGGAUGGGAGGGAGGUGAGGCGUUAUUAUAUACGGAGAGGGUCGUCCUGUGUGGAGACGGCUCUGUGAAAGACGAAGAGACUGAUUGAUAAGGCAAGAUAGAUCAGUAAUAAUGGAUGGUGUUGUUGCGUUGGUGACUAUGUGAUAGACACACUGACAUUAAUGAAGAUCUAUGGAGAAAAUGUUUUCUUUCAGCAAAUUCCAAUGUAAACAUGAAGCAAAAGAAACAGCUGCAGGUGAGAUGUACUGCACUAAAGGCAUUGGGACAUUCUCACCUCGGCAUUGUCAUCUGUCUGUCAUCUACAGGAGUGUCUAAAAGUAAAUAAAUAAUAACUGUCAAAAUCCAAAUCUGGUGAAGACGGUGCACACAUGCCUUACACUGCACGAUCUGAGCAUCCCCACAUUUCAUCACGGAUAUUUUUCAAAAAUCACGGGAAAGAAAACGUCAUCAGUUCUAAUGUGUGUUAAGCAUUAUGUGUGGGUUUACUUCCAACUUAGAGGCAUAGGUAAGAAUAAUUUUUAAAAAAAAAGAAAAGAUGCAUGUUUUUAGUUUAUUAAUAGACAGCAAGGUGAAACCAAAGACAUGAGUAGUCUGGUUUAUUUAUUUAUUUAUUAUUAUUUUAUUGAAGCCUACAAAGUAUUUAUCAAUGAGAGAUGUGUGGAGUGGAGAGCAUGAAGUGGAUGUCAAAGUGUAGGAAAUAAAGGUGACCCUGAAAGAUCGUUGCAUACAAAUAUUUUAGAUCAACUUGUAAGGUCCAGUGCAUGAAUGUGUUUACACUUGUACCCUGUCAGGUUGAAAAGAAUGUUUUCUAAGUGGAAACACAUACAGUAGUAAUAGUAUGAAGAGAUGUCUGAAAAGGUAACAUAACAGGGCUGGAUUGUGGGUUGUUUUUUUUU